AUGUCUCCCUUUCCCAUCCAUUGGCAGGAGGACCAUGUACUCACUCUGCUGCAAAGCUCACAUUGCAACCGGCAUUCGUCUGUCUCACUGGAUCGGGAGACGCGACGUGUCGUCUUUUCCGGUGAGGGUGGCCGCAUGCUUGUCCUCGCUUUUCUGCGACCCUUCUCUUCUUAUUUGUCGUCGUCUGCACGCCCACCUACCGCACCCGUUGUCGACUUGGGUUGUUGCUCGAGUGCAUGCCGCACGCGGUGGGAACACGCCGCACGUUGCACCUUGUCUCAGAGAAAGGGCACACAUUCCAGGGCGGCGGCAACAGAGGAGCCCGUCGCCAGUGGCAAGAAGAACACCAGCACAACCACGACACGGUUGGGCGAUGCAUGGGCGAAGAAAUUUUUCACUGUCGCCGUCGCCGUUUGA